AUGAACUCGCACCUGCGUGGCUCUCAACCCGAUCCUGCGAAUAUGGCUAUGCACCAGCAGUUCCGCGAGGCUGUCAUGAGAGAAAUCAUCCACGAAGAGAUACUCAUCGAGCAGCGACAUGAGCUGGCUGCUCUUGCGACCCUUCUGCUUGCGAAGGCCAGAGAAGAAGAAGAAGAUUCUUCCAACAGCUACGAGACGUCAUAUGAAUACUACGAAGAGGACGAGGAAGAGGACGAAGAGGACCCCUCUUCAGUCGAACAACCUCAACCUACUGGCAGGAAAAGGACUCUCCCUCGCAACGAUGCGCAGAUUCCAGUACCUCAGAAGCGACAGAGGAUAGACCCUACGCCCGCCGUGCACCCCCAACCCCCACCCCCGCAAGAGAUCAAACGACCAGAGACCCCGCCAGAGGCGAAGAACUGGAUGCCUACGUCGAUGGGGAGUGCCGACAACUCACACCGACACCCGGUACUUCAGGCUGCACUCCGCAAGGCCCCGAUCACGUACGCUCGCCCUGUCGCGCAGACCUUUCUCGAGGAACUGGAUUGCGAUAAGCUCGGCGCUCUGGACGUCGCCAAGGCCGUCUUUGAUAUGGGCAUCCGGUACUCCAAGAUGGCAUCGGACGACGAGUUCAACAUUGUCUUUUACGUGACUCUGGCGAACCCGCGUGAUGCGGUCCGAUACAACAUUGGUACUCCAUCGGAAAAGCAUAUGAUCUUUUGGGGUAGAGUUCAACGCAUCACGCAUAGGGAUAUACCACCGGAUCCGUUCAAGACCCCGGUAAAGCAACCAGAGAGGAAGGCAGAGGUGAAGCCCGAGCCCAAGGUGGCCACGAGGAGAACGGUGCCUGCACCUGUGAGGGAGAAAGCCGAACCUAAGCCAGCUGCCAGGAGAGUCGCUGCGCCUGCACCAGCGCCCGCAAGGGAGAAGCCCAGGGGAAACCUCAAGGCCAGUCUGAUCAAGGAGGUUGACGAAAAGACAAAGAUCCCGCUGAACGAGAGAGUACGGAAGUGGCUGGACGAGGUGGUUUCAAUGGACAGUAGUUAG